AAACAGUGCAACGACGAACUCGGUGUUGAUCGGUUACUAGAAAAUAUUUCCUACAAUCAAUUACGACUAUAUGUAUACGUCUAAGUUCGUAUCUUACUAGAAACAUUGCUAAUCUCUUAGUCUGUUGCCAAAACUGAUAGUUUUCGGAAGUUUCGAAGUGUCCGAAGUCCGAGAUUGACUGUUGAGAGUAGUUUACCUGGAAGUUGGAGAAAGUAUUGCAUAUGGAAAAUCGAAAUAUGCAAUAGGGGCAUAGUGACUUUCGCUUGCAGUUCAUGAAAUUUGGAUAAAUCGAAAAUUAGUUUGAAUCGGAGUUGUACCUUUGCAACUUCGGCAGAUUUUAGCCUGACUACUAUAAGGAUGCACCACACUUCCGACGAGUUGGAGACGGGCCGGAAUACAGAUUAGUAAUUCCUCGUGCGAAACUAGACUUCACUGGAACAUAUUCCGUCAUUGCAAAAAGUUGCCAUGGAGAAGUUAAGGCCAUAAUUUCCCUACAGAUAUAUGCAAAAGAUAUUUCGAAAAUCGGAGCCAUGGACAAGGGAUCUAUUAUACACGGGAAUGUUGAAACGUUACCAUCGGUGUCACGGCAUUUAAAAGACAUUCGUUGCUGCGACGGCGACUCAGUAACUCUCGAGUGUUACGUUGGGGGUGUUCCGGAACCGAUAAUAAUUUGGGAAAAGGAUGGCCGCGUAUUGGCUGCUCAAAGAGAUAUUGUAACUACUUACGAUGGCUCACGCGCAACGCUUUCAAUUGAAAGAAUCUACCCUGAAGAUGAGGGCGAAUACACGUGUGUCGCUUCGAAUAACAUUGGUAGAGCCUACUCGACGGCCUGUAUCAUAGUCGAUGUGCCUGAAGAGAAGGAAAAUUUCUUAAGCACACAAUUAUCUAGACCUCAAGGAUUAUUAUCCACACACUCCACACCUCGAUCAACACCAAGGACCACACCGAUCAGGAGCAUAUCACCAUUAACACUAUCUUACAGAAAUACAAGCAUAGAUCUUUCGUCAAAGAAAAAAAAAUUUGCUGCUCCCAAAUUCUUAGCAAUUCCGCAUAAUAAAAUAGUGGAAGAAGGGGAAACUGUACGCUUCCAGUGCGCCGUGAGUGGACAUCCCAUUCCUUGGUCAACGUGGGAUAAAAAUGGAUCAGUUGUCACCCCUUCUGCAAGAAUUUCAAUAAAAGAACGAGAUGAUUUGAGAUUCCUUGAAAUAGAAGAAGUAACUUACGAUGACGCAGGUCUCUACCGGAUUACCGUCGAAAAUGACUACGGGCGAAUUGAAGCUACAGCAAGGUUGGAUGUUAUACGAGGUCGGAAAAGUACGUCACGUCCAAUAAGAACAUAUAGUGCAUCUCCGCGGCGGCAUCUUUACUUUUCACGAAGACUCAUGGGAAGUUCGUCAACUAUCGGAGGACGACUAGCACUUUCAUGCAUGUUGAGAGGUUCAUCAGUGCCUACGCGAAAAUUCUACCACAAUGGAAUGGAAAUAAUUGAAGAUUCCCGAACAUCGAUAACAUUUACAGACACAGUGAUAACGCUGACGAUAGACGACGUCCAGGAAAGAGAUCAAGGUGUUUACACUUGUGUGGCUCAAAACGAUUUGGAGACGGUUUCCUCUUCUACUGUUGUGAUCCUGAACUCACCUUCAGCUGAGAUAUCAGUUGGCCCGCCAGAAAUCUGUAACCAUCUUUCAGCGCACACGACCAUUCAGGAAGGACAAUCAGCUGACUUAACUUUUGAAUUUAAGAGCAUAGAACCUUACACUUACCAGUGGUUUAAAGAUGGAAUUGAUCUGCCGAACUCAGAUGAAUUUUCCUACAUAGAUCAUGGAAAUGGUUGCUUGGCGCUACGAAUUUCAGAUCCAUUUGAUAUUGAUUCUGGAUUGUAUACAUGCGUAGUAGAAACGGCACACGGAAAUUGCCAGACGAGUACAGAUUUAUUUAUUCAGGAAAAUAUACAUAUCGGCGACAAUUUAGAAAUUGUGAAACCUCCCUUGCCAAGUAUGGGCUUUCCUGGGGAUGUUGUAUCAUUCUAUGCCAAAGUGUAUCCCCAUGAUGCGGUAGUAACAUGGAGCCUUUGCGGACGAAAUGUCGAAAAGGAUACAAGAGAAUUUUCGGUGGAGAAUCGGAGUGACGGUGUUCGUAUUUUGCAUGUUCUCGGCCUCGAAUAUGAUCAAAGUGGUGAAGUGACGCUUUCGAUAUACAAAGACAGUGAUCGGGAGGUGGUAGUUAGAAGCUGUACCCAGCUUAUUGUUCUACCAACCCCAAGGUGGGCACUUUUCGAUUCCAAAGACGACUUCACUAACGAAGAUGCAGAUAUUCCUGCAUACAUUAUUAAAACACCUAACAAUUGUACAGGAUUAAUAGGAGGUACUAUAAUUUUGGAAACAUCAUUUGGAGGCUCACCAGCUCCGUCUGUAAAGUGGAUGAAAGCUGGUCGACCAAUUGCGGAGAGCACUAAUAUUAGAAUCAUCACCAAGUCAGAUCGCUCAGCUUUAAUUCUUAGAUCGGUCACAGGUGAUGAUAGUGGCAAAUACACAGUGGAAGUGAUGAACGACUACGGAAGUGACAUGGCGGCGGCAUCCGUUUCAGUUGAAAGUGCACCUGAACCGCCUAGUGGUAAACCCAGCGUCUCUCAAGGUCCAGAUCGCGUCGCGGUUGCGUGGUGCGGUCCUCCCUAUGAUGGCGGAUGUGUCCUCACGGGCUUCAUCCUUGAAAUGAAGGAGGGAGACGGCGAUUGGGUGGAGAUUGUCACUGUUGUAGAUUCCCUGGCCUAUACAGUGAAAAAUAUCACUCCUGGGAAUGCGUAUAGGUUUAGAGUUCGGGCUGAAAACAUCCAUGGCCGUAGCGAACCAAGUCUUCCAAGUGAUGAAAUUAUCGUCUCUGCAAUUAGUUAUUGUGAUGGAGAUGAUAGCAAAGAGCUACUAAAAGUCGCUUCAGGUGGUAACUUUAAGUCGCGGUUUGACAUUCUCGAGGAAUUGGGACGUGGGCGUUUUGGAACUGUAUUCAAAGUUUGUGAAAAAGAAACGGGACAAAUAAUGGCGGCAAAGAUUAUUAAAUGCAUCAAAUCCCGUGAUAAAGAAAAAGUUCAAGAGGAAAUUUCAAUAAUGAAGUCACUUCACCAUCCAAAGCUGCUACAACUUGCAGCGGUUUUCGACAAUCCACGUGAAAUUGUGAUGGUGAUGGAAUAUAUAACCGGUGGCGAACUAUUUGAGAGAGUUGUUGCAGAUGACUUCACGUUAACUGAACGGGAUUGUAUUCUGUUCUUGCGUCAGAUUUGUGAAGGAGUUAGUUAUAUGCACAGAAAGUCGAUAGUGCAUCUGGAUCUGAAGCCGGAAAAUAUUAUGUGUCGAACGCACUCCAGCCAUCAGAUAAAAAUAAUUGACUUUGGUUUGGCUCAAAGGUUAACGGAUAAUAUGCCAGUGCGUGUCCUUUUCGGGACGCCGGAGUUCAUUGCUCCCGAAAUAAUAAAUUACGAACCGAUUGGAUUUCAAACCGAUAUGUGGAGCGUCGGCGUGAUAUGCUACGUACUGUUAUCUGGCCUAUCGCCGUUCAUGGGGGAUUCUGACGUGGAAACAUUCGCGAAUAUUACACGGGCAAGCUAUGAUUACGAUGACGAAGCCUUCGAUGCUGUUUCUCGGGACGCAAAGGACUUCAUUUCUAACCUGCUGGUUCAUCGGAAAGAGGACCGUCUUACUGCGGAUGAGUGUCUAGAGUCCAAUUGGCUGGCGCAACACAACGAACAAAGCUUAAAUAACGUAAAAAUAUGUACGGACAAAUUGAAAAAGUUCAUAAUACGUAGAAAGUGGCAGAAAACAGGAAAUGCAAUAAGAGCACUGGGAAGGAUGGCCACACUUUCUGCUUCACGUCGUAAUUCCACAACAUCGGGAUCGCUUCCAAAUAGCCCGCGACCGUCUAUUUCAGCUGGGUCUGGAUUCUCAUUUUCACCAAGCCCUGGCCGUAUGUCUUCUCUAAAUGAAGAGGCCGACAAUGUAGACAGGAUUUCAGGACUAGUCGAUAACAACUGUGGUGCAAAUAUGGCUACAGUUGAAAGACAUGGCAAGGUGAUAAGCAGCGAACGCAGUGAUUCAGGCUUCAGUGAAUGUUCCAGUUGCAGCAAUGGUUCUCGCGUACAAACCCUACAAACACAUAUUUUCGAUAAAGUCCCAGUUAUAAGAGAGGAAUUCGAGAAUAAUAGUAACAAUAAUUUAUCAUGUGUCGUAGUGCCAGAUGUUCUUAAAAUGAAAUUAGAAGAAAUAGUGAAACAUAGGGAUUCAGAAAAGAGUAUGACGGACGCAAACCUACUCCUUACACCAAAUGCAGAUACGAAAAGGCAUACAGAUGUUAGCGAGUUGUACGAAAAUUUCACAAUAGAUGUUUCUCGAGAUCCAAUACGAAAAUACUCGACAUGUCUCGAUGUAAAAAUGAAAGACCCUCUGAUGAAAUCUGAUUUCACAAAUACCGUUCGAAUGAGAAAAAAGUCCCUGGAAAAUAAUAUUUUGAAGGACAAACUUUCCCCUAGGAAACCUAUUUUCGAAGCUUCUGGUAAAGUAUCGAAGAUGAAAAGUAAAUUUUCAAAAACAGAUGAAUCUCUUGGCAAACCAGCAUUCGUAAGUAAGCCAAACUCUAACAAAGAAACUAACAACGAAAGCAUGGAUUGGAAAGCAUACAAGACUAAAAACGUUUUUGAACGCUUGACGGCUUGUGAUAAAAAUAAAACCGUCAACAAAAUUGACCAACCCCCUGGAACGAGCUCUCUUCCUACCUCACCAGCCACUUUCCGUAAGACAAUGCGGUUAGCAGUUACGAAUCCAAACGAUAAGCCGCCAGGAUCGGCUAAUAUUCGUAUGAGGAAAUCCACAAAUGAAGGUUCACCGUCGAUUUCCACAAUAAAAGGUCAUUCAAAAGAACCACUAGUGAAGCAUGCAAUAAGUACGGCACAAAUUAGUAAUCGACCUCUGAAAAAGUAAUUUUGCGAAGUAGACAAGUUGAACGAAGCCACGAUAGUAGGCAAUGAAUUUAGAAUUAGCACAAACUAAUAUUAUCACACGAUGACUGAAGUUUAUAAAUUUUCUUCGAGAAAUUAUCAUGCAUAAGGUUUUGCCUUGUAAUUUAUUCUAACAUGUAAUAUUUAAUAUUUUAUCCAUGGAUUUUAUGAUUUUGUAUAAAUUAUAGCUAUUGUCGCGAUAUGAUCGGAGCCAAGUUAUGGACAAAACUCGAACAGUAAAUUUCUUUGAGUUUAUUCAAUAAGAAAUACUUUUAAACAAACAUACUUGUAUUAGUGCACACAUUAACUUAUUAAAUUCCUCUUAAACUAUGAGAGCAAUAUUAAAUAAAAUCUCGAGAUGUGAAUCAUUUGUUC